AUGGGUAUAUGUUUUGGGAUUUUAGACGAAGAUAAAUAGGAAGACAGGAAAAAGAAUCCAAAUCCAAUACAACAGUAACUAUCGGAGGAAGAAAAGGAGGAGGAAAUAACUUAUUAACUAUAAAAUUUCACAUAUAAGGAUGUAAUACAAAAUUUUAUAAUUAGGUAUUAGGUGUAGACGCGUUCUAAAAAGUAUUAUUACAGGAACCGAUCAAAACGAAAUAGUAUUUUGCAAUAAAAAUCAUUUACAAAAAGAAAUUAGAAAAUUAUGAUUUUGCAGUAUACAAAGAGUCCUUUUAUAAUAACACUUUAUUCUACUUUAGUGAAUAACAAUAAGUUGUAAAUGAGCACAGAAUUCGUUAAUGAUGGUGACUUAUUAUUGCAUUUGAAAAAUAUAAGUAGUUCUGAGAAGAAAGGACAAUAUUUUAUGCAGUUGAAUUUAUUUUAGCAUUGUAAUAUCUGCAAGAAAAUAUAAUUAUAUAUAGAGAUUUGA